UGUGUGGAGGCAGGGUUUAUUUGCCAAUCCUGUUGAGUUUUGUUAUUGCAACCAUAUGCUUUUUUCUACAAUGAUGUUUCCCUUGCUUAAACAAUCUACAUAAGUAACUACUUCUUCUUUUGUUUUCUCUUCCUGAAGUCAAACAACUUACCCUUACACGGAAACCCAGAUGUAUAGCCAAAACACUGGGGGAAAUUACUUCGAUACUCAAGGAAGCUCUGCACAGGCAACUACAGUGGUCUCCUCUCAUAGUAUGGUGGCCACCGGAGGGAUUCAGAUGGGUGUUGCAGGAGGACAGUUCAUUAGCAGCUCAGGAGGGACCUAUCUUAUUGGCAAUUCAAUGGAAAAUUCUGGUCAUUCAGUGACUCAUACAACGCGGGCCUCCCCAGCUACAAUUGAAAUGGCGAUUGAGACACUACAAAAUUCUGAUGGUCUUUCUACUCACAGAAGCUCUCUUCUCAACAGUCAUCUCCAAUGGCUUUUAGACAACUACGAAACUGCAGAAGGAGUGAGCCUCCCCAGAAGUACCCUUUACAACCAUUAUUUACGUCACUGUCAGGAGCACAAGUUAGAUCCAGUCAAUGCUGCCUCUUUUGGAAAACUCAUACGGUCAAUAUUCAUGGGAUUACGGACCAGAAGACUGGGAACCAGGGGGAACUCCAAAUACCAUUAUUAUGGGAUUCGUGUCAAACCAGAUUCUCCCCUUAAUCGGCUACAAGAGGACAUGCAAUAUAUGGCUAUGAGACAGCAACCCAUGCAGCAGAAACAGAGAUACAAGCCUGUGCAGAAAGUGGAUGGAGUUGCAGAUGGUUUCACAGGAAGUGGUCAACAGGCAGUCACAUCUGCUGAACAAACUAUAAUUGCCCAAAGUCAACAUCAUCAACAAUUUUUGGAUGCAUCUCGAGUACUUCCAGAGUUUGGAGAAGUUGAAAUAUCUUCUCUACCAGAUGGUACUACCCUUGAGGACAUAAAAUCACUGCAAAGUCUUUAUAGAGAGCACUGUGAGGCAAUAGUGGAUGUUGUUGUGAAUCUUCAGUUUAGCCUGAUAGAAAAAUUGUGGCAAACUUUCUGGCGCUAUUCUCCUGCUGCUCCAGCUGGCGACACAGCUAUUAUUGAAUUGAGCAAUCUGAGUGAAAUAGAAAGUCGGCUUCCAAAAGGAAAACUGAUUAUUCUGUGCAAAUAUGAGGCUAUUCUGAAAUGGAUGGGUAAUUGUGACCAUGUGAUGUACCAGGCUUUGGUGGAGAUUCUCAUUCCUGAUGUCCUUAGACCUAUUCCUAGUGCCUUGACUCAAGCCAUUCGCAAUUUUGCAAAAAGCCUUGAAGGUUGGCUUUCCAGUGCCAUGAGCAAUAUUCCACAGAGAAUGAUACAAACCAAGGUUGCUGCUGUAAGUGCCUUUGCCCAGACUUUGAGAAGAUACACAUCUCUUAAUCACCUGGCUCAGGCAGCUCGGGCUGUGCUUCAAAACACUUCUCAGAUCAACCAGAUGCUCAGUGAUCUCAACCGUGUUGAUUUUGCCAACGUACAGGAGCAGGCUUCCUGGGUGUGUCAGUGUGAUGACAAUAUGGUUCAAAGACUAGAAACAGAUUUCAAGGUGACUCUUCAGCAGCAGAGCACUCUGGAGCAGUGGGCCGCCUGGCUUGAUAAUGUAAUGAUGCAAGCAUUGAAACCGUAUGAAGGAAGACCCAGCUUUCCUAAAGCAGCACGGCAAUUUCUUUUAAAAUGGUCUUUCUACAGCUCAAUGGUGAUUCGAGAUUUAACCUUACGCAGUGCUGCUAGCUUUGGCUCUUUUCAUCUGAUCCGCUUGCUUUAUGAUGAGUACAUGUUUUACUUAGUAGAACAUCGUGUUGCUCAGGCAACAGGAGAGACACCAAUCGCAGUUAUGGGAGAGUUUGGUGAUUUAAAUUCUAUAUCCCCUGGAAAUAUGGCUAAAGAUGAUGGCAGUGAAGUUGAAAGUGAAAUAGAAGAAGAGCUGGAUGAAAAUGGAGAGCCACAAGCCAAGAGGGAGAAAACAGAACUAAACCAGGCAUUUCAGGUGGGCUCUAUGCAGCAGCCAGUGCUUGAGAGUGGAGUAGAGCAGAGCCUCCUGAACCCACUUCAUAAUGAGCACACUGUUACAAAUUCUCAGACUAUCAGACAGUGCAGUGCUACUGGAAAUGCAUAUACUGCAGUGUAAUAUUGAAGUGCCCACCCAAUUACAUUAGCACUGUUAAUGCUGGACAUAAAGGGGGGAGGGGAAUAGGUCUGCAAGUUGACUUAUCAAAUUUUAGCUGUGCUGAACAUUACCUUUUAUUGCAGUUCUGAAAUGAAAUGGGUGCAUGCAUUUUGCCGGAUGUUUAAAACAAAUUUCUAAGCAAAAUAAUUCUGCAUUGGUUACUUGGUAUUGAGUUUUCCUAGUUUUGAGUGUCAAGGAAGACUUUUGCAAAGCUUGUAAUGUUAAUGCUUUUGUCCUCCUAAAAUUUAAAUAACUUCUUUUUCAUAAUUUUAAAAUAUUUUAAUGAUGUUAACUAUUUGUCAUAAUGAUUUAAUAUACAUAGGUUUUUAAUUAGAUGCACUUCUGUGAAAUAUUAAAAUAAAUACUUUGACUUAUACUGGGGGCAUACUCAUUUGACAGCAGAUGUAUCAAGUUUGUUAUAAAACGUCCUUUUCAUUGAACAGAACUAGAAGACACUAUUUUGAUGAAAUUGUUAGCAUUCAUGAGGUAUUUUUAUCAUACUGUUGGAGGGUUGGGAAGAUCUACUGUUUUCUUUCCCUAAGGAAGAAGUGUUUUCUCUGUAUUUACAAAUGCAGAAUGAGUGGUAGUAUUGUAACAAUGUGGUAAUUUUUACAUUGCAGACAUACCUAAUUAUUUGAUCACCAUGUAAACAAUACAAGCUUCUUUUAAAAUCAACAGCUCCAGAUUUUAUUUGCAUGCCAGUUCCCCUGUUUUUUGAGAGUGCUGAUGCUAUAUUUGAGACCGCUGCACAGAUGUUACUGGUUGUUGAGUGGUACUGUAGUUGAUAGAAACUGAACCAGAAGAUUAUGCUGGACAUGCAGGAAAAACUCCUUUUGGAUGAAUUUCUUCUAUUCCAGGUCUUUUCCUACUACUAGUUCAAUCUGAUGCUUUCAUAAAUGACAAUUUAUAGAAUGUAAGGAAUGUAGCAACCUGCAUCAUUUUCUUUUCAAAAUAUAUUUCCUGAUUAUUAAAGUAAACUUAAUUUUAUUACAAAAAAAAAAAAAUAAGGUAGUGUAACUGGCACACCUAACUUGUACUUAUUCCCAAUUGCAUUGAAUUUGAAUAGGUGGCUAGAUGGACCAUUGCCAUUUAAGAAUGUACAUCAGGGAUCAUUGUACCUCGGCUAUUACAUGGUGCCUUAAAUAGAACUGAAGCUAAGAUUUAGUAUUUUUUGUUAUUCUUAAUAACUCUUGAAAUUUAUUCAACAAGGUGUGCCUGUCACUUUCAAAUUUCCUAAGUAUUAAGGGCAGGUUACAUAGUCUUCAAAGAAAUAAAAGGGGGUUUAUUAUUAAGUGAUUUUAAUAUCCCUCUUAAAAUUAAUAAUAAAAUUAUUGUUUUGUUUGUUUCUAGCUGAAUUUCACUUUAUUACAAAUAAAAUUUGCUUGGGAACUUGAAAAGCAAAACUAGCUUUAAUACCAACUUCAAAUGUUGUUAACAAAGUAAAUGGACCCUAGUCAUAAGCAUGGCUAUGUAUUUUUAAACCCUUGUCAGCUUUUAAUUUUAAGAAGUCUCGGUAAGCUAGCAGGUACAUAAUGCAGCAUAUAUUUUCAAUUUCUGUAUGUGGUAGAGUGUCAGCCUUAUGCUAUGUUUUAAUGAUUGCAUCUUAUAGUGGUAGUUCAUACAGUCCAUAUUAAUUGACAUUAAACAUCUCUGAUUUUUUCAAGCAUUUUCAUUAUUUUUAAAAAAGAUGAAUGGAUUUGCUAAGCUAAAAUAGUGAAAAUAAAUAAUUAAAAGCAAAAAAGUGAAGGAGAGAAUAAAAUAAAAAUCUAUUUUAUAGAAAGCACUGUUUAAAGAAAUUUAGGAAGUUUCUUUUUUUUAUGUAGUGCAACUGUGGACUGAUAUUUUUUUUUUUAAGUCAUAUAUACCAAAUGGGUGAACACCAUGUGAAAUGAAAAGGUGCAUUUUUAGCAAAGAAAUUUGUUGCUACAUCUUUCAGAUGCUCCAGGAAUGGUUACAGAUCAACUAAGACAUCCUAACAUUUUUUGAGGUACAAAAUUAUUUGUAAAUUGCUUAGCAAAAUUUGGAGGCCAACCCAUCCUGCUCCAUUCUAUGUAGGCAACAUUACUACUGAUGUCAGCAGUUGUUGUUUGUCUUGGCAAAUAUUGCAAAUGAAGUUUAUACUCAUUUAUCUCUAAAGUCACCUGUGCAAUGAAUCCUCAUAGAUUUUGUUCUCACAAAUAUCACUGCAUCUUGCUUUUUUCCCUUAGAAAUCAGCAUCCAUCACAAAAAUCCUAAAAAUAUCCCUAUGAUAAAUAUUUCUACCUUUUAUUGUGCAUUAUAAGAUUUUAACAAGUAAACUAAAAUGAAAUAUUCAGCAUUUUUCAUUUUGAACAUAGGGUGUUCUAUGAUGUAAUGAUGGUCUGUAUUGCCUGGUUUCAAAUUUUGUGAUGACAAAAAUUAAAUGCUUUCUUAUCAUUGCCAUUUUUUGGUAGAAUGUUGGAUUUGUUGUUGCUAAGAGGAAAGUAUGGUCGUAACAUGUAAAUCUAGAUUGCUAAGAAGACGUGGGACCUGAAUAUCUUUUGAUUGAUAUUUUGAAUAGUUGAUCACCGUUCAUGUAGUGCAAAAAUAAAACAAAAUAUGUGCAUACAAAGAUAGAAGCUAUAUCAUGUAUUUUAAUAGCAGUUAUCAAAACAAAUUGGAAUUAUCCCUGAUUCAGAUAAUGGGAGUUUGUAUUUCUAUACUUAUCGACUGAUUAUUCUCUCACAUUUUUAAGCAAUAUUUUCCCCACUUUAGCAAAAAUGUGAAAGAUUUAAGUUGCUAUAAGCUGAUGUGUAUACUUACAGGUAUGAGAUUUUUGUGCUUUGCUUUUAAAUUUACUGCAAUUUUGAUCAAACAUACACAUAUGAGACCAAUUUACACACCUUUUAUAUUAUCAGUAAGUUAUUGUUAAUGAUUUAAGAGCAAAAAUAUGGAUACCUCGGUCUAA